CCUCGCAUAGAUUCAUCAACGAAUGAAUCGCCUCAGUCUGGUCCUGCUCGCGCUAUGUAUGACCACGGUCCUCAUCGUGGCCCCUCAAGCAACCCAUGCCAACACCGAGAAGGUCGUCUUCGUCUUCGCUCUUAAGCAAGUCCCCGCAGUUGCCACAGAAUAUGAGACAAGUGGACUCAAUAUUACGGCACAGGAGUACCCUGGAAUUGAUGACCCGUUUCAAUGGAAAAAACUGUCCUCGCCACACUCUGUCAUCCGUACCGAGACCAUACUCUCUUCCUUUCAUAAACAAAACGCAACCAUAUCAUUACUGAGUAAAGGAGCAACAGGAUUGGAGUUGCCAACACCACUAGCUCGAACAUUCGUCAAGGAUGCAAUUGUAGGCACUGAUCCACAGAGUCGAGAGCUCCGAUGGUAUGUGCUGGAACAUCUAGAGGACGGGGCAUCAUACGAGUUGCGUGUCUCUUAUCCCGCUACUUACCCCACAGACUUUGAGAUAGCCGUAUGGACACUGGAGCAGGCACAAGAGCAGUUACCAAAGGACAUACAUCUUGUCCAUCGCUUGCCUCAGAACACCAUGAUCGCAAGCAUCAGGGCAGCGUACGCAGGAGUUUCUUACAUGACAGACGGUGUCUCGGGUCCGGAGACCUUCCCGAUCCCUUACAACUUGGUUUUGGAGCGUCUUUACUUCAUGAUCCCAUACCAAGCGCUCAAACUCGCGGCAGCAAUAGUCGUGGCAGCAGUAUUUGGACUUGGAUAUCUAGUCCCAAACAUUCAUCGCUCAUUAUCGGACUUCGCCUCCGUAAGGGCUGCACAAUCGAGGCACCGCAAGAAGGCCCUGUAGGAGCAAAAAAAAAAAAGUAAAUAAAUCAAAGCUCCACGACGCCUUCAUACGCGAUGCGCCGAGU